AUGUCGCUCCAACCAUUCCGAGACGUCAAUGUUCAUGCGUCCACUUCACAUUAUGCCUUCACCUCACCUUCGACGCCAAACGCGCCAACAUUGGUGAUUGAUAGACCUUCAGGAGAUAUUCGACUUAACGAUGGAUCUCUACUUGGUGCGAAACGAGUAUCCAGCAUCGCAGGCAUUCUGGGCAUUAUCAAGCUCAAACUUGACAAGUAUGUCAUUGUCAUCACUAAAGCGCAACCCAUGGGUAGGUUGCAAGGGCAUAUGGUGUAUAGAGUCGUCGCAACCGAAUUCCUCCCUCUUCGAGAACGCAGCCUUCAUGACCCGAAUGAGGACAAAUUGUUGACUCUUUUGAAGCAAUUUGUUAGAAAUGGACCCAUGUACUUCUCUUACUCGAUAGACAUCACCAAUACCUUUCAAAGGCAGGCUGAAUCCGACUUAUCACGCCCAUUAUGGCAGCGAGCAGACGACCGCUUCUUUUGGAAUCGAUUCAUUCAGACUGAUCUAAUUGAUUUCCGGACCGGUAGUGGCAGGGGCGGUCAACAACCAGGUGCCGAUCCUUAUAUUUUGCCAGUCAUGUUUGGCAUGCUGCGCAUUGCCGCGACAAAGAUUGGAUCAGCUCCCUUCACGUUUGCGUUACUGACAAGGAGGUCAAGAUAUCGAGGAGGAACACGUUAUUUUUCCCGGGGUAUGGAUGAACAAGGCCACGUUUCGAACUACAACGAAACUGAGCAGGUCGUUAUUCUGAAUGACCAUACUGGGGGCCCAGGAGGUUUUAUGGGAGGUUCCGGUAUGCAGAGUGGAAAGUCUGGUGGUUUAGCUGGGAACGAGCUUCAGAUCAUGUCGUAUGUCCAGACAAGGGGUAGCGUGCCAGUGUAUUGGGCAGAAGUGAAUACCCUAAAGUACAUUCCAAAGUUGCAGAUCCGUGGUGUGGACACAGCAGUCGAGGCAGCACGAAGACAUUUUGACGAGCAGAUAACACUAUACGGCGAGAAUUAUCUGGUUAAUUUGGUCAACCAGAAGGGCAGGGAGGAGAGGGUCAAGAAAGCAUAUGAGCAGAUGGUGCGGACGCUGAUCUCUUCACCGAGUGAGACUUCUGAGUCGGACCGUUUCUCGAACGAGAAGACUACCUCGAUAUCUACCCGAGAGCAGCAUCAACGGAUGGACCGCUUGCACUAUAUUUAUUUCGACUUCCACAAUGAAACCAAGGGUCUCAAAUGGCAUCGUGCUCAAUUAUUGCUCGAUCAACUUUCUGAAGGGUUGAUGAAGGGCUCUUACUUCCGCGGAUUGGAAAUGCCAGGAGACUCCACUGGUGCUCUUGAGGUGCGAUCACAACAAACCGCUGUUGUCCGGACAAAUUGCAUGGACUGUCUUGACCGGACCAAUGUUGUACAGAGCAUGCUAGGUCGUUGGAUCCUGACACGCCAACUGAUCGAUGCAGGGAUUCUACAACCAGGACAAAGUUGUAGUGAUGAUCCGGUGUUUGAGGAUCUCUUCCGGAAUAUGUGGGCAGACAAUGCAGACGUCGUGUCAAAUUCCUAUUCAGGGACUGGUGCUUUGAAAACAGAUUUUACACGCACUGGAAACCGUACCCGAGCAGGCAUGGUACAGGACUUCCGAAACUCGGCAACGCGUUAUGUGAAGAACAACUUCCUAGAUGGUCCACGUCAGGACGCCUUCGAUCUUUUCCUUGGAGCAUACCUACCUCCAACCUCCGUAGUCGGUAGUUCAGUCUAUGCCGACUCCCGACCUGUCCUCAUUCAGAGCAUACCGUAUGUCCUUGCUGCCAGUCUCUUCAUCAUCAUUCUCUCCCUUUUCACAAGACGUGCUCCAGACUCUGCCGUAUGGCCUAUACGGCUCUUUAUCGGCCUAUGUUUCGCGAUCGCCGCCUGGUCUUUGCAGUUCAUCAUCGCCCACGGUAUGCUCUAUGUGAACUGGCCCAAGCUUCGCACGCCACCUUUUGCCGUCGAAGGCUAUCAAGAGGCAUUGACGCGUGCUCACAAAGAUAUGAUUGUAGGUCCUCUAAUCACUGCUGCGAGUAGCAGGGAAAAGAAGACAAGGCAUUCAAGCAUAACCAGGAUGGGCUACAUGGAGGAGGGUAAGAAGAGAAUAGAAUGA